UUGAAAGGUUUGCUGACCAUUUUCCAUCCAAUUUUCCAUUAAUCUGUAGUUGCUAAAAAGUGUAUCCAAUUUCCUUCGAUUUUUCGAUAAAACUUUCAUUAUUCUGUACAAAUAUUGUGUAAAAACCUUCUCCCAGUGAUGUGAAAUGUUUUGUGGUGGUGUCCUUGUGGAAGAUAGUUCUUUUUUCUAAUUCCGUGUAAUUUUUAUGUUUGUUGCUCAAUCAGUCAAAGCGCUUCCUAAAGUGGAUUUUAAUUAGAAGAGGUGUAUUAUUAUACAUCAAACAGUCCAGCUACGUUGGGUAUCGGCCGUGAUCUGGCGCCUGGAGACAUCCGACGAUUGACACUGAGUGCAUAACCUUGAACACCAGACAGCAAAAAUGAACAGACGUCCCAAGGGCCCCGGGCUGAAAAUCCAAAUGGAUGUGGCCUCCAAUUCGAAUCCAGUGACACCUCCAAGAAAUCUGGACAAAACUGCUACCAUUACGAUCGGUAGCAACACGUUCGUGGUCGAAGCGGAUAAUUUGGAGAAGAUUUGCGACCUUGGGCGGGGUGCCUACGGGAUAGUGGAGAAGAUGCGCCACAAACAGACCAACACGAUUAUGGCCGUCAAAAGAAUCACAGCCACCGGUCAAACACAGGAGCAGAAACGUCUCCUGAUGGAUUUGGACAUCUCGAUGCGAGCCAGUGACUGCCAGUAUACGGUUCACUUUUACGGGGCCCUGUUCCGCGAGGGGGACGUUUGGAUCUGCAUGGAAGUGAUGGACACCAGCAUAGACAAGUUCUACCCGAUCGUGUUCAAGAAUGGGCGCAAAAUGCCCGAAGAUAUUCUCGGAAAGAUCACAGUCGCAGUCGUUAAUGCACUUAAUUAUCUCUACACCAAACUGCGCGUGAUCCACAGAGAUGUGAAACCGUCCAACAUACUGAUCAAUAGGCAGGGGGAUGUGAAGAUGUGUGAUUUUGGCAUUUCAGGAUAUUUAGUAGAUUCAGUGGCCAAAACAAUAGAUGCUGGAUGCAAACCAUAUAUGGCUCCAGAAAGGAUAGACCCUCAAGGUAAUCCAGGAGAAUAUAAUAUCAAAUCAGAUGUGUGGUCCUUAGGAAUUAGCAUGAUUGAAAUGGCCACCGGAACGUUCCCAUACAGUACGUGGGGUUCACCUUUCGAGCAGCUGAAACAAGUGGUCAAAGACGAACCUCCCCGGUUAAAGUCAGACGACUUCUCCGACGUAUUCAAAAACUUCAUCCUCGCUUGCCUUCAGAAGAAAUUCCAAGACCGGUACAACUACGACCAGUUACUGAAUCAUCCCUUCAUUCAGGAGCACACUGAAAAAACGACAGAUGUCGCUUCGUUCGUUAGCGAAAUUUUAGAUUUGGCUGCCACGGUUUGAUCCGGAGGGUCCUAGUGAUAAACCAAUAUUUACACAUUUAGUUAGGAUUUUUUAUUAGGUGUAAGAAUCGUGUCAACAAAUUGCAACCAUCCCUCAAAAGUCCGGAAUGAACAAUCUUAGCCACAAACAAUAUGCCAUAAUAUUCAUUUUUUAUUUCCUAACUUCGAAGAAUGUAAUUGAUAUUGAGCCACUUUGUCAGAGGAACGUAACACCGGACCAAUAAUUGGCCGAAGCAUAAGUCCUCAUUCUGAUGUCCCAAGAGGGACUUUUUAACACGGCUCAAUAGCUUGAUUUAUUUAUCUUUUUCUUAUAGAGUAAACUACCCCUGUCCGCAUGGGAUCCCCGAGUACACAAGAAAUGAUGCAUAGAUGGGGGACUGUUGUGUGAACAGCGAUAGUGAACCAAGAUUUGAAACUAAUGCAUAUUUCCGAGUGAAGUAUGUAAUUUCAAUUACGCUACCAGUUUUGGAUUCGAUAAUCAUUGGAUAUAUUUCGUACAAAUUCUUUCCAUUCAUUGGUAAGGUUAAAAAAUCUUUUUAAUUGUUUAUUCAUUAGAUAAAAAUACAAAAAAUUGAAUAGAUUUAUCGAUUUCCCCCGA